AUGUCUGAGGCGAUGCGAGUGCGAGACGGGAGUGUUCAACCCCAGGGACUUGGUAUCUCGGGGCCAGAGGGUAACAUACCAAUAGCUCUAGCGGCAACAACGAAGGGACGACCCCGACCAGUGGGAACAACAACUCCAACACCACCACCGGCAACAGCGCCGGGACCCCCCCACCCAGUGGCGGAGGCCGCCAGUACCUCGGAAGGAGGGCCGCAGCUCCCCGCAGCAGGGGACGCGACCCCAAGGCUCCGGGAAUCGAGUGGACAUGAGUCUGGUGCCCGUGACUGCGAUGGCGGCGGCAGCGGCGGCAAAUCGGCAAUACCAAGCAGCUUCGACGUCGUCACCGACGACCUCGAAGACGCGUCGCUGCAGGGAGUCGUCACCGAGGCGGCGGGCGGGGGCUUAGGAGGAGGAGGAGGAGGAGGAGGAGGAGGAGGAGAGGUUUCUCCCAAGAACGGGCGUAGCGUAGCGAAAGCGAUGGCGGAAGCUAUCCUCGAUGAGGGUUAUAUCAAGAAGACCGGCACCGCCGCCACUGCUCGGCCCCACCAUCACCUUCGGCCGGCACCCAACAAUGGGGAGCGAGCAGGAGCAGGAGUGCCGCGACGGGGCGAUGGGGCACCAGCUGCCACCGCCGCCGCGGCGCCCACUGCCUACAACAGCUUCAGAAACAACGCGGCCGACGUUGCGAGCGUGGCCUCCGGUACCGGCGACAGCGGCGGGGUGGACGCCCCCUUCGGGCACGCCAUCAUCAUCGAGGAGCACGUUCAGGCCGGCGUCGUGCCGUCAUCACCGUCCUCUACAGCUGCCGCAGCAGUCCCUGACGCGGUUGCCGUAGUGGGCGGGGCGCCGCCGCCGCCACCGCCGCCGCCUCCCCCGCUCCCGGGAGGCGGCGGCUUACCGACAUCCUCAGGCAGGCCGCCGGGGACCGAGGCCCGGGCAGCACACGCCGCCAACGGCGGGAUCGAUGCACGGCCUACUUUCGUUGCUGCUGCGACGAGGGGCGUCCUCGACAACGGGCACAACGCUAAGAAGAUGAGGUCGAAGACGGCGGCCGAGGAGGAGGAAGGCGGGGAGUGGGGUGGGGUGGGGGGCACCGAAGACUCCGGGGGCAACGACGGUUUCCUCGUGUUGGAAGGCGGUGGUCGUUCGCCGAGCGGCGGCGGCGGCGGCGACGGUAGCAGCGCCGCCGCCGCUGCCGUCGUCGAGCAGGGCGAGGACAUCGACGUCCGCGACAACGGCGGCGGCGGUGGCCUUUGGCCGGCUACGACGGGCCGGGGCGAGGGGAUACCGGAAGCGGAGGGCGGCUGGGGCCACGUCGACACCAACGGGCUUCUCCAGGAAGACGACGAGGACUUCGAGAAGAAGGGGAGGGGUGCUCCAGAAGGAGGCAUUUGUUCGCGAAGCGGCGGCGGCGGCGGCGGCGGCGAAGGGAUCGUCGACGGCGACCUAGGCCUUGGCAUGGCCCCGUUGUCGGUGUCGCCGCUGGAGGGCGGGGGGAGGCACAGAGACGCCGGGGAUGCCGACGGGUUCCCGGUUCUGAUUGACCUCGAGGAGGAGGGGGCGGAGGAGGUUAGCGGCGGUGACGGCGAGCUUCCCGGAGCGCGAAAGCUUUACCUGGCCGGCGGGAGGGGAGAUCACUACGCCGCUGCUGCUGCCACCGCCGGUGGUAAGGGGGUGGUCGAUGAGACAGGUGACAGCGACGACGACGACGAUAGAGACGACGGAGAUCCCUUCGGAGAUCAGGACGACGCCACGUUAGGGCAGUCCUGGGACGACCUCGUGGAGGGAGUGGCGGACGAGGGCGUUCUUCACGGCCACGGGAGGGACGGACUGCCCGACCCCCUUGAGACCGACGCCUUGCUCGAGGAAGGGCGAAGCGAUCCCGCCGCUCCUCCUCCUGACGGUUCGGGUGGUGUUGGAGGUGCAGACGUCAUGGCCUCUGACGGCCGUUUCGAAAGAGCCGGCGAGGUGCAAGGGGACUAUCCACCGCAAGAGAAAGAGCAACCAGUGCCCGGCGUAUUAUCCUCAAGCUUGGGCCAGACGCUUGUAGGCGCGAUGGCCGAAGCCAUCGGGGCCCGGCGGGGGGCUUCGCUUGAGCUCUUAGGCCACUUCCUUCGCGCGGGGGGAGGGGACGUGGAGAAGGCAGCGUCGCUGUACACGACCAUGGCGGACGAGUUUGUCGAGCUGCGAGAGAUGGCCAGGAGGCGGAGGCACAUUAGCGCACCUCCUCCUUCUCCGCAUCAAAGAGCACCAGCGGCGGCAGCGGCCCAUGGCCUGGCUGCCCCGCCCGCGGAAGCAGGACCAGCGGCGGUGGCGGGCGGCGGCUCGCAUCCAGCAGCAGAAGUAGCGAUAGAAGAAGGGGCGCUUGAAGCUGCGUUGGCCGACGCGCCAAGACCGGGUGGCUCGGAGGAGGAGCAAGACAGGGGCGAGAAAUUCGAAACCGCAGCCGCCGGUGGGGGGGGAAACGUGCGAGAUCGACCUAGUGAUGGCGCCGCGGCAGCCGCGGCCACCCCCGCUGACGAGAACACUCAUGCUGCUGCUGCCGCUGCUGCUGCCCCUGCUGCUGCCCCUGCUGCUUCCACCGUGGCCGGGGGCGGUGGUAGUAAUGUUGCCGGGGAAAUCGGUUCUGAAUCGUCCCCUGCAGCUGGUGGUGGCGGUACAGGUGAUGCCGGGGACAGCGGCGCUGUGCCGCCCCCCGCGGAGGUGGUUGAGGCUCAGCAGGACGACCAGCUGUUGCCGCAGGAGCUGGACGUCGACUUCCCGUCGUUUGAGGCAGACCCGACGGACCUGGCCACCGGGAGAGACGAGUACUCGGUGACGAUUUCGUCCCAGAAGCUGGGGAUGACGGUGGAGAACGUGUUGGAGCGGACGGUGGUGAGGGCGGCGGCUCCCGGCGGCGGUGCUGAGGCGGCCGGCGUGGAGACCGGGUCCCUGCUCGUCGCCCUCGACGGCCAGUCUACCAAGGUUCCGAACGGGGGAGGCAGAAGUAUUGAACGGUGGAACUCGUCGCACUUUGAGGUAAUCGAGCUCCUGCGGGUGGCCAACCGGCCUCUCACGCUACGCCUGCGGCGAGUGGGAAGGGAGCGCCUGCUCCGACGUCGUGCCGAGAUGCGCGCCCUAACUCGCCCCCACGGGGUCUUCGGCGGUGCUCUCAACGGCCAGAAGGCGGCAGCGGCAGCGGCGGCGGCAGCGGCAGCGGCGGCGGCCUCACCCCCGCCGCGGCCGCCGCGACCGCCCCCGCCCCCUCCACCCCCGCCGCCGCUAGCUCCGCCGUCCUCUCCGUCCCUGCGAGGGAAGAUGAGACGGCAGGACAGCUUUCCAUUGGGAGACUCGCGGCGGGAGGCUGGCGGCUCGUCUUCUGUUACAGGUAGUUGUAGCGGGGAGGCGGGUAGGGGGCAGGGCAACAACGGGCCCGGGCGGUCCGGGAGGGCACCGGGGGCCGCUCCUCCUCCUCCUCCUCCUCCUCCUCCUCCUCCUCCUCCUCCGCCGCCGCCGCCGCCGCCGCCGGCUGCGAGGGAGAGAUCGGAUGCGGUUGGAGGAGGAGACGAUGCUGCUCGUGAAGCGGCGGCAGCGGCAGCGGCCGUCGGAGUUGCGGGGAACUGGGAGGCGGUGGAGUGGGCGGAGUCGUGCCUCUUGACGUCGGUGGUGGCGGCGGCGGCCGAUGUGCGUCGUAGGCAGCAACAUUGCCGGGCAGAGGCGUGCGCCGCGGCAACCAUCACCGCAGCCGCCCCCGCCUUUGUCCCGGGCGAGGCCGCUGGCAUCGUCCCCUCCGCCACCCCUGCUGUCGACGAAGAGGCGGCCGCGAAAGAAAGCGGCAACGGCGGCGGCGGCGGCGGCGGCGGCGAUUCCCUUGGGAAGAACAGCGCCGGUAGCGGCAGCGGCAGCGGUGCGAUUGGCGGGCAAGAUGAAAGCGCGUCUUGUGCAACCGCAACAGAAGCGGGACGGGACGCGGACAAGUUGCCGUCACCGAAGGUUGGGGAUGGUGAGCCGGCUGCGGGGCCCCCGAAUAUGCAGGCGGCGGGCGUUGUGGGGAACGGGAGCGGACAGCGUGGGGGUUUCGAGGAGUCCUGGAGAGGGGAGCACGGAGGGGGGGGGGGGGACGGGCUGCCCGAAGAAGAGCAAGGGUCUAUCGUGCGUCUCCUGCUAGAGUUUUCCGGUCUACUUGAGCGGGACUGGUGCAGGGCGAGGCGUGACGAACCCCAGGGCCAGAACACCGCGGACGGGAGCGGAAACCCCGGGGGCGGCGGGGCGGGGGCUGGGGCGGGGACCGCCAGUAGGCGCAUCGAGAACAUGGGGGUGCUACUCGAGCAGCUGGCUCCGCUCUUGGACUGGGAAAGCGAGGCGGUGAGUAUCAUUGAGGCUGUGGCGGCGGUGGAGCCAGAGCUGCGCGAACUGCUGUGUGUCCUGCUAGACGCCGACCUGAGGUUCGACCUGUCAUCCACCAAGUACCCGCACUUUGUCGGGGGCGCCGUGGCUGCAAUUUUGCAGGAGGUACGCACGUGUUGUCUUGACGAGCACUAG